AUGGCUACGGCUAGCGUACAGCAAUGUUUCCUAUCCGAUGGUAUCCGCCUUUCCGUCUAUCCGUCGAACAUUGGUUUCAAACAGCCGCCAGAUCGAGCGGACGAUUGUUUCCAGCUGGAUAUCCUAGUUACAGCCAUGCCGGAAGUUCAAAAUGAACCGUUUUCCAACCCCAUUGCUCCUCCAACCUUUCAUAGGGGUGAAUCGAAGGAGGAAAAGCUGACGAAUGACGACUUUCGUCGUAUGUUGAUGACACCACGUCCAAAAUCCUCCGAAUUCUCCACCAUAAGUAAGAAAGAUGAGAAAGAUACUGCUCAAAUUAAACGUCAUAAAAAAAAGAGCACGACUCAAUUUGCCAAAGAAAAAAGUGAAGAAGAUCAAUGGAAAAAGGAAAUUGCCAAUAAAUAUCGCGAUAGAGCUAAAGAGAGACGCGAUGGGGUAGAUACAGAUUAUCAGAAUGCAGCAUCUCAUACUGAUACGAGAUACAGAACGAUUGGGCCAUUAGGCGAAUCAGGAGAUAGCGCUGCUGAGAGACGUAUAAAGGAAAUUCAGGAAAGUAAAUAUCUUGGUGGUGAUAUGGAACAUACUCACUUGGUGAAAGGUCUCGAUUUUGCAUUACUGCAAAAGGUACGAGAGCAAAUGACUACUGACGAGCGAGAUGAAAUUAUAGAAGAAGAGGACUUGUCAACCCAAAAUAAAGUUAAGCAAGUUGAAACUGAAGAGAUUUCAUUUCGAACAAGAUUAGCCAAAAAUAUUCAUAAUAUUGUUUUUAAAUCUUCGCUACCGCUACGAAACGAGUUCUUUGCUUCUGGAAGAAUGGCUUACGCAGUUGAUUUGAAUGAUGAUGAAGGCGAGAGUGAUAUUCCGACUACAAUUAUUCGAAGUAAAGCUGAUUUCCAAAAUGCUGAGACACAAAGUGAUAUUUCAACCAAUGACAUUGUAAUAAAUAAGUUAACGCAGAUAUUGGCUCACCUAAGGCAAGGUUUACGAAGCAAAAAACUGAAGAAGAAGGAAAGAGCUGGUAAAGAACAUGUUACAGCACAUUCUCAGGAAAGACCUAAAGUGAUAGCACCGGAAGGGAACAUGAGCAUUUUCGAUGACGUUGGAUCGGAUUAUUUACUUGACUUAAAGUCAAAGAAAGACAAGAAAAGUCAUCAAAUGCAACCCGUUAUUCGUACCUUUGAAUUGUGGUCAACUAUUAUUGCCGACGCUAAGAACCGACAACAGCAAAACAUAAAAGCGAAAGCUAAGACGGUUCCAGCGAAGAAAAAUCAAGGUGUUGGUAGUAGCUUAGACUAUUACGCCGAAUGCUAUCCUGGUGCUAUGGAAGUAGAUGAUGCCAUGGCUGAUAGCGAUGAAGAAGCUGACUAUUCGAAAAUGGACAUGGGUAAUAAAAAAGGUCCUGUUGGCCGAUGGGAUUUUGAAAAUGAGGAAGAUUACAACAAGUACAUGGAAAAGCGUGAAGCUCUACCAAAAGCUGCUUUCCAGUUCGGAGUCAAGAUGGCUGACGGAAGAAAAACUAGGCGUCAAGGUGUAAAAGAUGAUAAAUCAAAGUUAGAUCGUGAAUGGCAGCAAAUCUCUAACAUCAUUAAAAAGCGCAAGGAAAUGGGUACCGGAGGUCCCGUAAGUGGAAGUGCUAAGAAAUUGAAGGAAAGCGACUAAAAAGAGUUGUCUGUUACUAUUCCCUUUAUAUCACCUAAAGUUGUCCGAUUUAAGUUAAGUCAUCUUUCCCUAGAUUACUUCGCUGACAAGUAACUAUGGCCUUGUUUAUGCACUUAUGUCAAC